AUGGCAACAAGUGAUACAUUAUCGAACGAACGUUUUCCCGAUGUUAAUUCAGUCCCAAUAUCCACUGAUAUAUCUCCUCCCACAUCUUUAAAUUUUAAUCUUCUUAUAAGAGAACCGUCUCGGAAUUUUGAGAUCGAAAACGGUCACGCGGCGAUGGCUGCAAAUGAAAGAUUUCUAGUUUAUUUUGCGAAGCAAAUCCUCGUCGUUAUUGAUCGAAAUGGAAAUGAAAGAUUGAAGCUUAACAAAUUUAUCGAUCCCUAUGACAUUUGUUGGUCGUCGUAUUUAAAUAAAUUUCUUAUUCUCGGAAAAAUAGGCCGUUAUGGUUUAGAUCUGGAAGUAGGUGUCGAAGAUAUUCAAACAACUGAAUCGGAUAAUGGAUUCGGACGGUGUAUUACUUGUUACGAUAAAACGUGCCUAAUAGUUUAUCAGAAAUCUUUAAUCGAAGAAUACGAACUUCCAACUUGGCUUCUCAAAAAAACAUUUUCACCACCACAAUCGUGGAAGGCAACUCAGACGAUUUCUCGCAUACGGUUCACCAGCAACGGAAGCCAUGUGGGAGUCGUUAUUUCUGAAGGAAGUCUUGAUCGACAUUUUUCUUUUGAAUUACGAAGACCGAAUGAUAUGGCUGUUCUACAAACUGUACAAAUGGGUACUGAUUUCUCCGCAAUUGCUUGGCUUUUAGCCUUGCCUAAUGAAGAAUUUCUCGUAAACACUGUUAUUAAGAAAAAGUUUUAUCUAAUCGAUUCAAAUGGGCAGCUAAAGGAAGAAAUUGACUAUGAUAACAAUGGCCGAUUAAUAGUUUCGACAACUUUGAUUAAUGAGCGAUGUCUUGUAGUUAAAACUGAAAAUCCUUGGGAGCUUCGAUUCUAUGAUUUGUGA